UGAAAGGGGUUUGAGUUGUUUAGCCGAUAUUGCACUCUUUCUCUUAUUGACUUGCUAAAAUAAAGUAUUAUUCGUUAUAUUUGUAGUGGCUUGUCUGUCCUUGUAUAAACACCGUCAGGUUAAAAUAAUAAAAUCGGUUUGAGACUUUGAUUUUGACAGAAUUUUUGACGUGUUGACCGGGAAGUAAAUGGUGUGCCGUUCAAAAUGUGAGCUGAUAGUUUUAGUGGGUUAAAAUAAUAAUUACACGUUAUUUUACUAACGUUACACCUUUUAAAUGGAGAUCCGCGGGAGGUGAUGGAGUGGGAACAGCUUGAACUGAAUCCAAGGAUUAUUGCUGCUGUUAAAAAAGCCAAUUUUAGAUCAGCGAAGGAGAUCCUCCGUGUCUCUGGUCCUGAUCUGCAGAGACUGACCCGCUUGUCAAAGACGGAUGUUCAGCGUCUGCAUUAUGCUGUAGCAGCUGCUGUCCGCAAGUCCAGCCCGGUCACUGCUCUACAGCUGAUCCAGGGAGAAUGUCCUGUUUUGGAGCCCGGACACAGGCUUUCUUUUGCCUGCCCCAUUCUGGACGGUCUGAUGCGUGGUGGUCUCCCGUUACGAGGAAUAACAGAGCUGGCAGGCGAGAGUGCUGCUGGGAAAACUCAGUUUUGUUUACAGCUUUGCUUAUCUGUCCAGUAUCCACGGGAAAACGGAGGGCUGAACUCAGGAGCCGUUUAUAUUUGCACCGAGGACUCUUUCCCCAUCAAACGACUACGGCAACUCAUUACCCAGCAGUCCCGGCUCAGACCAGAUCUACCUCCAGCUUUGAUCCGCAGCCGGCAUUUUACUGACAGCAUCUACAUCGAGCAUGCUGCUGACCUGGAGGCUCUGCAGGCGUGCGUGUCUCAGCGCGUGCCUGUGCUGCUGAAGCGAGGUCUGGUCAGACUGGUGGUGGUGGACUCUGUGGCUGCUCUGUUUCGCAGUGAGUUCCAGGCUGAUGAGGCUGUACAGAGGUCACGCCACCUGCUGGCUUUUUCCAGUACACUCCACCGUCUGAGUCAUUCAUAUGGUGCACCUGUAGUCUGCGUCAACCAGGUUACAGAUGUUGUGGACGGCCCAAAUCCAGGAAGGUGCGACUAUGGGCUGGUGGGCAGUAAGGUGCUUCCUGCGUUGGGCAUUGCUUGGGCCAACCAAGUGAUGGUGAGACUCAUGCUCACGAGAUUGGCAGGACAAGUCAAAUCAGACAGCCGAACCAGUGCUCUGCGGAAAUUAGAAGUGGUCUUCGCCCCACACCUCCCUCGAGCGAGCUGUCUGUGUGGGGUUUGGGAGGAAGGAGUGAGAGGGAUCUCCGAUGACGACUCAGAGCUACAGCCGCAGAUCUCUUCAUGAUGAAUGAUCAGAGACUACAUUCACCACAGUAUGGCAGUUAAUAGCUGCUAAUAUAUGACAUAUAUGUUUUUAAAGCACAUUUGAAUGCUUUUUGUUAUUUUUGUUAGGAAUGGCUAAAUUUUUACCAUUUGAAAUGAACGCACAUGAUUAUUAAUAUACAAUUCUCACAUGUAUUAUGUGCUAACCCUAUUUUUAUAAUAAUUUUAAUUUUUAUUAUUAUGCCCUUAAAACACUGAAUAAAUGUUUUCCUUACGUA